CGGUCUUCGAAGACUCUGCCUUCUUUCCCUCCUUUUGCUUUUACUCCAUUUGUGAAAUUUCCGAGUAAAAAGAUGUUGACAGUGGAGAGAGAGAGAGAGAAGAGCAGAGUACCCCCUGUUUCAGAAAGACAGUGAGGGUAAAAUAAAUGCACAGUAAACUGACAAAGAAACAAGGAAUUGAAUUUAUAAUUUUCUAUUUUGAAUAUAUAUUCUUUAUUAUUAGGGUGCUACUUGCUAGCUUGAGCUUCACAUUCCCCCUUCGACUUUGAGGUUUUCACUUCCAUUAUUUCUUUCUUUUGUAGAGAGAGAGAGAGAGAGAGAGGGACAGAGAAGGGGAGGUGAGAUGAGAGCUAUAAUGGCAAUUUUGGAUUCAGCAUAGUGGGGAGGGAAUUGCUUCUUUUGUUUUAUUCAGGUGAGGAAGGAGGAUGAUGGUAAUGCUGUGAGACCAAGCAGUUGGUGGGUUCUCUCUACUAUCCACCAUGGCCAUGGGAGACAAUGGCUGCAGCUGCCGCUGCUCUUCUUCUUCCUGCUCCUGCUCCCUCUUCUAUUAACCCUGUAAUUGUAAUCCAGCUAUUAGUUUCGAUGUUCGAAUUAUCUUUAAAGAAGAUGAAACUCGGGUCAAAGAAAGGAGUGUGGAAAGCAAUGAUGCCCAUCCGGCUGAGAAGUAAAUCAGCCACACGUUUCUGCUUGUUUCCUAAGCCUAGAACAACGCCUAGCUAUGGUCAAGGCAAAUCACCGGUCUAUCUCAAUGUAUACGACUUGACGCCGAUGAAUGGUUACGUCUAUUGGGCUGGUCUUGGCAUCUUCCAUUCCGGUGUUGAAGUGCACGGGGUGGAGUAUGCGUUCGGAGCUCAUGACUACCCCACGAGUGGCGUGUUCGAGGUUGAGCCUAGGCAGUGUCCAGGGUUCAAGUUCAGGAGGUCGAUAUUGGUUGGUACCACGUCUUUAGACCCAAUGCAGGUUCGAGAGUUCAUGGAGCAGCACGCAGCGAGCUACCAUGGGGAUACCUAUCACUUGAUUGUCAAGAACUGCAAUCAUUUCUGCAAGGAUGUUUGUUACAAGCUCACGGGCAGGCCUAUCCCCAAAUGGGUCAACCGGCUGGCACAAAUAGGUUCGGUCUGCAACUGCGUGCUUCCCGAGUCGCUGAAGAUAAACGCUGUGACCCAUGACCCGAAUGGUGAGCUACCAUAUGAUAGCGAGAAGAGAAGGCUGAGAAGUGCAUUCAGUUGCUUGUCUUCCAUCUCUAUGCGGCAGAGGCAGCUGUCGACUUCAUCGUUGAUUCUCCAGUCACCGUUGAGAGGCUGCCUGCCAUGGGAGUUCAAGAGGUCCGUCAGCACUUCACUGAAGGAGAGAUGAUAUGAGAACGAUCUUUAACCGAUGGGAUGAUGAUGAAAUGGUGGGUUUCUUUCCUGUGGUACUGCUUGGUUGCUUAACCCCCCAUUGAAGGUGGUAAUGGUGGAGAAUUAGGGCAGUAUAAAUUGAUGUACUUUGGGUUGAGCCAUCAGAUUGAUUUCAUUGUCUCGAGCAAAGACAUCAAUUUUUGUUUGACUAGGAAGGUGAUAGGGAACCCAGUAGUGGUCUACAUUCUUCCAGAGUUGAAAUUGUAUUUGUCAAGGCUGGCUGGCUGGCUGUAAUAUAUAUGAAUGAUUCAGCUUGUACAUAGAACUCGGUAGAGAAUAACUCUGGCUGCCUGGAGGCCGGGUUUGACAUUGGGAGCUUAUUUCCUUCUCCAAUGUUUCUUUCCCAAUGAUGGAUGGCUCUUGAUAUUCUUAUAAUUAUGUUGAUUGAAGAGCAUCGUGUGACGAAAACUGAGGUGGGGAGACAAGGUUCUGACGGCGAAACUCUGGACAGAGAGGAGACGUAGACCCUCCGACGGUGCUCUGAUCAAAGCUUGCAAAACCAGUUCUGUGUGACAAUUGCUUGAUGUGAAACGAGAU